AUGAAGGAAAUCAUGGCACAAAAAGAGAAGCUCCAAUGUCUGAAAGACUUCCACAAAGACACUCUGAAGCCUUCCCCGGGAAAAAGCCCUGGCACUCGACCCGAGGACGAGGCCGAGGGUAAACACCCUCAGCGUGAGAAGUGGGCUAGCAAGCUUGACUUUCUCCUGUCUGUGGCCGGAGGCUUCGUCGGUUUAGGAAACGUCUGGCGUUUCCCGUACCUCUGCUACAAGAACGGUGGAGGUGCAUUUCUCAUCCCAUACUUCAUUUUCCUCUUCGGUGGAGGCCUACCUGUGUUCUUCCUGGAGGUGGCUCUUGGCCAGUUCACCUCUCAGGGUGGAAUCACUUGCUGGGAAAAACUUUGCCCCAUCUUUACCGGUAUCGGCUAUGCUUCCAUUGUGAUCGUUUCCUUGCUGAACAUCUACUACAUUGUCAUCCUGGCCUGGGGCUUGUACUACCUGUUCCAGUGCUUUCACCCGGAGCUUCCCUGGGCCAGUUGCAAUAAUCCAUGGAACACAGAAAACUGUGUAGAGGAUACACUCCGCAAGAACAAGACCCUCUGGGCAGCCGCAAACGCUACCAACUUCACUUCGCCAGUCACUGAGUUCUGGGAGCGCAACGUUCUCAGUAUCUCUGACGGCAUCGACAACGUGGGCCCUGUCAAGUGGGACCUGGCUCUGUGUCUCCUUGGCGUUUGGGUCAUCUGUUUCUUCUGCAUUUGGAAAGGCGUGAAGUCUACAGGGAAGGUCGUGUACAUCACAGCAACCUUUCCGUUUGUCAUGCUGAUUGUCCUCCUGGUCCGGGGUGUCACUCUUCCUGGGGCAGCCGAAGGCAUCAAGUUCUAUCUGUAUCCGAACGUCACCCGCCUCGAAGAUCCUGAAGUCUGGAUUGAUGCAGGGACGCAGAUUUUCUUUUCCUAUGCCAUUUGUCUUGGAGCGAUGACAUCACUGGGAAGCUACAACAAGUACAAAUACAACUGCUACAGGGACUGUUUGCUGCUGGGAGGCCUGAACAGCGGUACCAGUUUUGUGUCUGGCUUCGCAAUAUUUUCCGUCCUGGGCUUCAUGGCACAAGAGCAAGGGGUGGACAUAGCCGAUGUGGCAGAGUCAGGUCCUGGCCUGGCCUUCAUUGCUUACCCUAAAGCCGUGACGAUGAUGCCGCUGCCUACAUUUUGGGCCAUUCUCUUCUUCAUCAUGCUUCUGCUACUGGGUCUCGACAGUCAGUUUGUCGAAGUGGAAGGACAGAUCACAUCACUGGUGGAUCUGUAUCCAUCCUUCCUACGGAAGGGUUACCGUCGAGAAAUCUUUAUAGCUAUAGUAUGCUUUGUGAGCUACCUGCUGGGACUUACCAUGGUCACUGAGGGUGGCAUGUAUGUGUUUCAACUCUUUGACUACUAUGCAGCCAGUGGUGUGUGCCUUCUGUGGGUUGCAUUCUUUGAAUGUAUUGCAGUAGCCUGGGUUUACGGCGCUGAUAAUUUCUAUGAUGCAAUUGAGGACAUGAUUGGCUACAGACCAAACCCCUGGAUGAAGUGGUGCUGGACUGUAAUCACGCCUUUUCUUUGUGUGGGAUGUUUCAUCUUCUCCUUGGUCAAAUACAAGCCUCUGACGUACAACAAAAUCUAUGAGUACCCUGAUUGGUCCAUUGGAGUCGGCUGGACCCUCGCCCUCGCCUCCAUGAUUUGUAUACCAAUGGUGGUUGUGAUAAAGAUCAUCCAGUCUGACGGACCUCUCAUUGAGAGGAUUAAGGCGGUGGCGGCCCCGGUGCGAGGAGGGGCGAGUUCAUGCCCCCAAGAGUACCGUCAGAAGAACACCGAGCUGGCAAAUCCUCUGGACCCCAACAGGAACAAUGGCUUAAUCAAGCCCACCCACACUAUUGUAGAAACCAUGAUGUGAGCACUCUCUAUGAGAGGAUUCAAUAUGCUUUCCAUUAUAAACAUAUAUAUAUAUGUAUAUAUAUAUGUAUAUAUAUAUAUGUAUAUAUAUAUAUGAAUAUAUAUAUAUAUAUAAUUAUAUAUAGUCGUAGGACCAGGUUUACACGUUUGUAUCUGCACUAGGAGUCCUUUUUGUUUUCUACAGAGGAAGUUACAUUUGUUUUUAUCUGUCUCUGCUUUUAUUUUUAUCAUAAUGUUAUUAUUUUGCUAUUAUUACUGUUGAUGAUCACAAAUCGCUCAAAAAUAUCUAUCAGUCUUUUUUUUUUUGGUUUGUAAAUAAUUUAAAUUAUGUUUUUAUUGGAGUGGACAAAAAAAAAUCCUAAAUGUUUAUACUGUUUAUAAAUGAUGUGUACCCAGAGAAAAUGCCACUUUCAUCCUGACUUACAGUAUUUUUUUGUGGAC